UCCCAUUGAAUUUUCCUUCUACCCAAACACGCCUUCUCUUCUCCAACGGCUGCUCGACCAGCACUUUGAUGCGUCUUUGACUGCGCUUGCCUAAUUCCCCAAUUUUCUUGGAUACCCACUCUUAUUUAUUCGGUUUAUUUAGUGGGUAUCUAAUCUUUUCCGAUUUCAUUGUUCUAGGGUACUGAUUUCUUCUGGGUAUAUUUGGGGAAGUCCAUUGAGCUUGGCUUUUAAGGAGAAUGGUGGGUGCUUUAUCUAUUGUGGGUUCAUCAGCGUUGGACUCACACACGGGUCCAUGUUUGUGCCUCGAUGCGUUGCCUACGACUAGUAUGAAUAUCAAAACUGGAAGAGACGCUGUUUUGUGGAAGAACCAUUCGGUAAAGCGCGGAGCGAUGCAAUUGAAUAGUUCCUUCAUUGAUGCUGGGCGAGAGUGGCGGCUCUGUGUUAAUAGAAAUACUAGGAAGCAGCGCAGUAAUAGAAGGCUAAAGAUUGUUAACGAGCUUGGUGGGCAGUAUGAAGAUACGUUUGGUGAUGUUAAAAUGCAACUACUCAACUAUUUCACUUACAAGGCUGCAAGGACUGUUCUUCAGCAGUUGUAUGAGAUGAACCCCAACCAAUAUAGGUGGUUUUAUGAGUUUGUUGCAACAAACAAGCCAGGAGAUGGGAAACGUUUUAUCAGAUCCCUUGGCAAGGAGAAACAAGAUCUUGCUGAGAGAGUGAUGAUAACAAGGCUUCACCUUUAUAGUAAAUGGGUCAAGAAAUGUAAUCAUGCUGAGAUAUAUCAAGAGAUCUCAGAUGAAAACUUGGAGUUGAUGAGGGAAAGGCUGAUGGAGACUAUAAUAUGGCCCUCGGAUGACACAAACACAGAAAAAAUCGGAUGAUAAGUCUGCAACCUAUAUCUCAUCUUCCAUUCCGAACUCUAGCUGAAAUUGGGGGGGAAAAAGAGUUUAGGUGGAGUGUACUUUUUUCCCUUUCUAUACGAAUCUGUUGCCUUUUCCAAAUCUGCACUGUCUGCAAAAUAGAAUUGUUGGAUUCAGUGUAUAAAAUGUGUACAUAUUUGUACUCAUCUAUAUGCCAAUAGUUAGAUAUAAUUUGAAGAGAGUAUUUGUGAGUGAGGUGUACUCACAUCAAUUUCUUUGUAGACUAAAAUUAAAUUUCAAAUCAUUGAGAAGCUGAUAUUAAAGAUGUUAAACAUUCA